AUGUUAGGAUCUCUCUACGAAAAGAUAGUGAAUGGAAGGAGUGUAGUUCGCGGGGCCCACCUAGAUCUAUUACUUGUGGCUGCGGGAGCGGUCGCGUCGCGGCGCCCUUGCUCGCUGCCAGCUCUGUCAUAUCUGCAGUUAUUCGUAGUUUCCGCCUGCCUACCCCACAGAAAAAUCUGUUACGAUGUCUAUUCACUAGAGUCACCUUCUAAUCGUCUACAAACACAGGUACUCUGCUACAACUGCAAAUCCAUUCUUCCCAAUUCUUACAGAAGUACCUGCCAUAACUAUUCACUAUAG